AUGUUCAAACAGAUCAUAUUCGCUGCUCUUUUGGCGCUUGUUGCUGCCAAACCCGGAAUCCACUCUGUGGCCUACAGCGCACCCAUUGUAGCCGCACCUGCGGUAGCAGCAGCAUACUCGGUACCCGUUGGUGCUGCAUACCCAGCUCCAAUUGCUGCAGCUUAUGCCGCACCGUUUGCAGCAUACAGAGCGCCCCUAGCCUAUUCUGCUCCCUUAGCUGCUUACAGUGCACCGUUAUUGUUAAAGUGA